AGUUCAGAGUUCACGCAGACUGUCAUAGUGUCUAUUCACUAUUGUAUCUUACUAAUCUAGAUCUAGAGUAGAUCUAGAUAUCUAAAUCUAGAAUCAUACUCUACUAGAUUAGAUCUAAUCUAGACUAUAUUAAACCCCUAUAGAAAAUAUAGAUCUACAUCCAGCUUGAUCUAGAAUCUAGAUAUUAGUAAUCUAGACUCAAGAUUCUAGAUUGAGUCUAGUCGAGAAUUGUAAUAUUUUAGCUGUAACAAACGUUAUAAAAAUGAGUAAACCCAUCAAAGAAAGCAAGUCCAAGGGAAAUGACAACCUUUUGAUAAGAGCAUUUCACCAGUAUCUUCGUUUGUUGCAUGAAAGGCCUGUUGUUACGAAAGCUGCAACAAACGCUGUAGUGUCAGGGCUUGGAAAUAUUAUUUCUCAAUAUCUAGCACCAGAUCCGACAGCUAAAGGUCGUAUUAAUUGGAAAAGUGUUUUUGCCUACAUAUCAUUUGGUUUCUUUGUGAAUGGCCCAUUGAUCCACCAUUUCUAUGCCUUUUUGGAGAAGUUAUUCCCUAAGGACACUCCAAAUGCAAAAUGGAAAAAAGUUCUAUUUGACAGGCUGAUAUUUGCACCACCAUUUUUGUUGAUAUUUUUAUAUUAUGUUUCCAUUGUUGAGGGUCAUGGCAAUAAGGGUGCUGUGAAGAGAAUUAAAGACACCUAUUGGAUGAUAUUGAAAUUGAAUCUUUCCGUCUGGAGCAUUGUUCAGUACAUAAAUAUGAAUUAUGUCCCCUUGAAAUUCCGUACAGUGUUUGGAAACUUCUGUGCCUUGAUCUGGAUGAUCUUUAUUUCCAUUAAAAGAAGGCAAAUGUCCAGUUAAUUAGGUCUCUGUAAAUGUAGAUUAAAAUGUAUCACAAGCACACUGGAAUUCACACAAUUAAUGGAAUUGAAAAAAAAAAAAAGAUUUUUUUUAAUGUUGUGUGGUCCAGUGAUCUUUUGAGAUUAUUUAUGUAUGGAUCAGAAACAUGUUUUUAUCACAGUAUUGUUGUCUUUAUGAUAUUCAAUAUUACCAGUAUAUAUCUAGUGCUAAAAUAUAUAGUUAUAUUAUUUGUCUAAUUUGUA